UCAGAAACUUAAUUUUUUUACGAAUAUUUUAUGAUUUUCAUUCUUUUUUAUUUUUUCUAAUUUCAACUACGAAAUCAUUUCAAUGAAGUAUAAAUAAUGUUUGUAUAUAAAUGCAACUGUUUUAAUCGAAGAUGAACACCACAAAAAUGUUCACUACUUUAAUUAAAACGUGUUCAAAAUACAGUGCAUUGAAACUUUGUAAUAAUAUUGUAAGACAAAAACAAUUUCUAAAAUAUAAUAUAAGAAAUUUAGCUGUCAUAUAUAUUCAAUAUGAUUGUUUACAUACAAAUUCUAUACAUUUAAACAAAAGGAAAUCUAAGAUAGAAGAAAAAAUUGUAAAACAAACUAAAAAGAAACUCCCAAUAAUAAAAUUGUGGAAGAAUAUGCAAGUUGAUGAACUGGCAAAUAUUGUACAAAGAGAUAUAAAUGAUAUUUUAACAGCUGCAUCCAUUAUAGAUAAUAAUAAGACAUAUUCUGCAAAAACAAAAUUUGACGAUGUAAAAAUAUUAUGUAAUAUAGUACAGAAGUUAGGCUUUCGUUAUGAUAUUAUUUCAAUAUCAGACAAGGUAGAAAAGGUCCAGGAAAAUCAUGACGUAAUUAAACGACCACCACCGGAUGAAUCUGUAUUAAUAAAACGACGUCCAGUUGUAACUAUCAUGGGACAUAUAGAUCAUGGAAAAACAACUUUGUUAGAUGCAUUACGGAACACGUCAGUUGUAGAUACAGAAUUUGGUGGAAUUACUCAACACAUCGGUGCUUUUAAUGUGGAAUUAAGUACUGGUGAAAAAAUAACAUUUUUGGAUACUCCUGGUCAUGCUGCUUUUACUUCUAUGAGAGAAAGAGGAGCACAAAUAACUGAUAUUGUAGUAUUGGUAGUAGCAGCCGAUGAUGGAGUAAUGGAACAAACUAUACAGAGUAUAAAUAUGGCAAAAUCAGCAAAUGUACCGAUUAUUGUAGCUAUUAAUAAAAUUGAUAAACGUAAUGCUGACAUUAAAAGGACACAAGAGAUGUUACAGCAACAAGGUAUAGAUGUUGAACAACUUGGUGGCGAGGUUCAGUGUGUAAAUAUAUCCGCUUUAAAAGGAACCAAUUUGAAUGAAUUGAUAGAAGCAAUAACGCUACAGGCAGAAAUAAUAGGAUUGAAAGGUGAUCCCACAGGAUUAAUAGAGGGUGUAGUUAUCGAAUGUAAAACUGAUAAAACUCGUGGAAUAUUGUCAACGGCUCUUAUUCAACGUGGAACCUUGAAAAGGAGUGCUAUACUCGUUAGUGGUACAUCAUGGGCAAAGGUAAGAUCUAUGUUUGAUCAUGCAGGAAAGCCUGUUAUACAAGCUAGUUUAUCAGAUGCAGUACAAAUUAUGGGAUGGAGAGAAUUGCCUAAUGUAGGCGAUGAGAUACUAGAGAUAAACAGCGAACAAGAAGCUCAUAAUAUUAUUAGGUAUAGAGAGAAACAAAUAAAUAGUAUUAAAGCUAAAGAACAUAAAGAUGCUGCAGAUAAAAGAUUGGAGCAACAUCUACUUGAAUAUAAAGAAAAAUUAGCAAAAAGAAGAAAGCUGGGAAUAAGACGUAUUUAUGAACCUAAGAAAAAAGAAAGUGUACAAGAUCUUACUCCUGCAUUCAAUCUCAUAAUAAAAACAGAUGUUGCAGGUUCUGUAGAAGCUAUCUUAGAUGUUAUUGGUACCUAUACUGCAGAUGAAAUAUGUCGUUUGAAUAUUGUACAUUAUGGUGUUGGUCCUAUUACGGAGUCAGAUGUUGAAUUAGCAACUACUUUUGGUGCUGUUAUUUAUCAAUUCAAUGUAAACAUACCAAAAGAAAUAGAAAAGAUAGCUAAAAUAAAGAAUAUUGUCAUAAAAUCUUGUAAUGUUAUAUACAAAUUAAUAGAUGAUAUCAAGAAUGAAAUUAAUAUGAAACUUCCAUUCAAAGAUUGUGAAGAAAUAAUUGGUGAGGCGAAAGUUUUAAAACAGUUUGAUGUAACAAUAGAGAAGAAAUCUGUCAGUGUCGCUGGUUGUCAAUGCGUUGUAGGUACUUUGAAGAAGAAUGAAAUGUAUCAUUUGAUAAGAAAUGAAAAUGUUAUUUAUACAGGAAAAUUACUAUCGCUACGACAUUUAAAGAAUGAAGUAGACUCGAUUAAGAAUGGUGUAGAAUGUGGUCUUAGAUUGGACAACAAUUCACUAAUGUUUCAACCAGGAGAUAAAUUAAUCUGUUUUAAACGGUACAAGGAAAGGCAAUCAAUCGAAUGGAAUGCUGGAUUCUAAGGAUAUUCUAAUGAUCGCUCAAUUAUGUUGAAAAAUUGGCAACAAUAAAUAAACAUUAAAAAUUAUAAAUUAAAUAAUAAAGAUAUAUACUUACGAUUCCUAA